GCAGUCUCCCAAGCAAAAAAAAAAACCCUCUCUAGCAAUACACACCAAACUGAGCAUGUGCAGAGUGUCUCCAUACAAUAUAUCUUAUCAGUAGAUAAGAGGGGGGUGCUGGAAGAAGGGGAGGAUCAGAGAAGUCAAGAUCAAACAGCAUUUUUACACAAUGCGGAGGAUUAACCCCUUAGGUUCCACAGUGAGUAUAACAAGCAUGCUUUACUGCCAGGGGCGGACUGACCACUCAUGGGGCCCCCCCGGGCAAUAGGGGAUCAUGGGGCCCCUGUGUCCUUGCCCAAACUCAAAAAAGCAUAU